ACAAGGAAAACAAAGGAUUCAUUUUAUCUGGCCAUUUGGUUUCCUUGCAAAACUCAAAAAAUAAAAAUAUCACAUAGCAGCAGCACAAAAUUCGCUCUUUCCUUCCACAAAAAACUUUCCCUCUAUUUUCUCAUGACUCUAAUAUUUUUUUAUUCUACAAAAUUUUAGAUCGCAUUAUACAUAAUUUUAUUUUUAGUUUCAUCUUACACUGCGGAUUAAUUUUAAUUACGAAAUUUAUGUAAAUCAAUGGUCCAAAGUGAAAGACUUUCUUCUUACCCUGUUGAUGUGUGAGUUGGUUUAUAUACGAUUUUAUGAGGGUUUAACUAUGGAGGUUAUUAGUGGUAGUGGGGUUACGGCGGUGGGACCGGAUGCUCCAUCGGAAUACCAUGCAGCUCCGAGGACUGAUAAACCAGCUUCGGCUGGUGGAUCGGCCACCACAUCGGUUGCUCAAGGGGGUGCUCCGCCACCGCAUCCGGCGGGAACAAUGAUGGCGGCAAAGAAGAAGAGGGGUCGACCUAGAAAGUAUGGAUCAGACGCGUCGGUGACCAUGGCGCUGUCUCCCAAGCCAAUAUCUUCUUCAGCUCCACUGCCGUCGGUGAUCGAUUUCUCGGCGGAGAAACUCGGAAAAGUGCGGCCAGCUAGCUCUGUCAGCAAUGCCAAUUUUGAGUCGGAGAAUUUAGGCGAAUGGGUUGCGUGCUCGGUCGGUGCUAAUUUUACACCCCAUAUCAUCACUGUUAAUUCCGGCGAGGAUGUUACUAUGAAGAUAAUAUCAUUUUCUCAGCAAGGACCGCAAACUAUAUGCAUUCUUUCUGCAAAUGGUGUCAUAUCAAGUGUCACCCUUCGUCAGCCUGAAUCUUCUGGAGGCACGUUGACAUAUGAGGGACGGUUUGAAAUUCUAUCUUUAUCUGGUUCAUUCAUGCCAAAUGAAAGUGGUGGAACACGGACCAGAUCUGGUGGCAUGAGUGUUUCUUUAGCAAGUCCAGAUGGACGUGUUGUAGGAGGUGGAGUAGCUGGUCUAUUGGUGGCUGCAAGUCCUGUGCAGGUAGUGGUAGGCAGUUUUCUGGCAGGUAACCAACAUGAACAGAAGAAAAAAAAACCCAAACAUGAGGUAAUAUCAAUAGCAACACCUAACACAACACCAACUGUAGCUGAUCCAAUACCUAAUCUCUCAUCUUCUUCUUCCUUCCGCGUAGAUAAUCUGUCUGCGCAAGCAGUGGCAGCGGAUGUCAGGAAUAACCCAACUGACAUUAAUGUGUCACUUCCUGGAGGUAAAUUCAUAGGGCUUCACUCUCCAAAAAUUUUUUUGUAAGGCUUCAUCACAUUUGGAUACAUAUUUGGUAGACCAUGUUGUAAUGGGAUUCCUAAUUGUUGGGUCUUUUUCCCUUGUUCGUUGUCUUGUAAGCUUAUAGACAGUGUCCUGGAACCAACAUGUUUUCAGAGCUUUUAUUUUUACUGGGUUCCUAUCCAUUUAGAAUUGAGGUAUAGCUAAUUGGACAUGCUUCCGAUGCCCAUGUUGUGUCAUGUAAGAUGUUUUGAUGUAAUUGUUUUUCCCGAAAAGUCCACCUUUAUUCUGAGUGAGAUUGUGAAAUCCUCGGGGCCGUUUGAAUACUGCUUUUAAAAAUAGUUUUUUGAUUUAAAAAAAAAAAUACUU